AUGAGGGACAAAGGCGCCAUUCCUUGGGUUCAUAAGCACCAAGCUGUCCCAAGCACACCUCGCCAAGGUGCUGAAAUCGAGGCCGACGAUUUACAAUUCCCAUCUGUCUUACGAACGGAUAACACAUCCUGUGCAACAAAAUCGAGGCUCACGAUUCUUACAAUUAUCAUAUUUCACGAGUUGCACGAGGCCGAAAAGAUGACGAGAGCAUUUACUGCGCAGUACAUGACCAUCCUUGACGCAUCUGUCCCAUGUCUAAGGCUAGCAGCAGCGAACAUGAGUGAGCAGUACCAUUUUCGAACAAUUACGUCGGACCUCACGAAGCCACUCAUGGUGCCACAAUAUCGCUACUACUGCUCCACCUACGCUAGAAUUCGCACCGCAGACCGAAUCUACGAAUCCGACCAUGUUAAAGAUUGUCAUAUACGAGAAGUUGAUGGAAGGUUUAUGUGCUCUAAAGCCAUCUUCUAUCUAGUGGUAAUUAGCACAGAAGUUGACUGA